AUGAUUCGUUUAUCAUUGAUAUGUUUAACUUUCAUUAGCUUGAUAAUGGCCAACAAGCCGAGAAGUUUUAAUGCUCCAUUUAUAAUCAACACAAAUGGUUCCAUGGUGUUAAGUAUUAAUGGAUAUAAUUAUACUUUAAAUGAUAAAUUGAAUUUAAAAGUGGAAGAUGGAAUAUGCGACACUGAUAUUGACUUUUCUAGACCAAAUGAAAAAGAGAAAAAGGAUAAAAAAGGAAUUCGUAUAAUGACAGUGGCAUGUGAAAGGGAGACUGAAGAUGAUGACAGUACAGAAAGCGCAGAAACAACGAAUACAACGGUCAAGAAAUAA